AUGACAAUUGGCGAAAUAAAAAACCAACCGGAAAUCGACGAGCCAACAAUAAACGUGACGAACGAAAUAUGCCGCGGACUCGUACAAACGGACCCGUCAAAUACCCCGGAAAGGUAUCGCGACGAUUUAGGCGGACAGUAUAACAGUCGGAUACGAUGCAGCGCCGGAAACGAUAACUGUAACGCCGGGCGGAACAAUCAGUGCGGCAGAAAUCCGCCGCAGCAGAACCGUCGACGGGCGAACAACGGACGUCAGCCGAAUUGGGGGGACCGGGACGACGCCCGAUUGCCGCCGCUGCGGUUGGCGUUUCGGGACUCGAACCUCGCGCAACCCGCACAGCAAACGCGGCCCUCCAGGAUACCGGUGCCCUGUCCGUGCCAACCCGAACAGCCCAGGAGACAGGACCGGCCGGUAGACCUGUACACCGGUUCCAGACUUCCCGUGCCCUGCCGAGCCGACCAAACGCAGCGGCGAAUUCCUCGGCGUGGCGCUUGCGACGCUCCGCCUGCACGGCCGUGCGCACCCGCCUGCGCUCCGGCUGACCGCCGCGGUACUUACGACGUGCAGCCGCCGCCGUGUGGCGAUCAAAAUUCCCGGCGGGGCACGUACACCGUGCAGCCGGCACGCCGCGACACUUACGACGUGCAGCAACCGUGCGUCGUGCAGCAGCCGUGUGCCGCGCCGCAGCCGUGCGAGGCGCCGCAGCCGUGUCCCGCGCUCCACAGCACACAGCGGAGCUCGUGCAACGUUCAGGCGGCGCCCAACUGCGGCGGCGGCGGCGGCAACGUGUCCGGUUCGUUCGCGAUAACCGGCACCAUCCGGCUGGACGGGUUUCCGGGGCUGUCGCCCGUGCGACCUCCGACGGCGCCGCGCAACCGGUCGUUGUCCUGCGGCCGGCUGAACAACACCAACGACGACAGCGCGAUCAACGCGUUCCUCGACAACCAGCUCAACUUUGACAUGGUGGCGCCGCGGUCCAUGGCCGUGCCCGGACAACCGUACGUGCGCAUCGACGAGACGACCGAUAACGCGACGCCCGAACGCUGGCGCCGGAUGAUGGACAACCGGAGCUCGAUCGGCUCGCAACCGAUGGGCAUCUUGAGUCCCGCGUACGACGAGUUCCGCGGUUCGCGGGACACGUCAGCCGACUCGUCCAGGCUGUCCCGUUGGUCGUCGUCCGACCGCCAUUCCCGGCCGUUCGGUCUCAACGAUUCGUUCAACAUGAACAGCACUUCGUCGUCGGCGCCGUGCGACCGCCCGUCCAGGGCGAGGUCCGCCGCCCCCGAUUGCGGCCAGUCGGUACGCCCGAACCGCUGCAGGCGUGACACUUUCGACCGGAACACCCGCUAGAUGGCGUACGUCGAUUUACGUACCUGUGCACCUAUGUA